AUGCAGGCUAUACCAAGUCCAGUCCCAUGGCUUCUGCCGCCCUGUUCGUCCUCCGCUAAUCUGGAUUGCGUGCCCCAGCUCAUUGCAAGCGGCACUGCGGUCGCUGCAGCGACUACCGGCUUCGUCUUUGGACAAUUGGCAGAUGGUCACCUUGCGGAUCCAGAGUCAUUUACAAAGCGGAAGUCGUUCCUUGCCACAGACUCCACCUUCAGGCCUGAGUCAACACAAAAGACCGGAGAAAAGCGCUCCGCCCCGGCAGACACUGCGGGCGCCGAGGUCUUGCCAUCGCCAUUGCUGUCGUCGCCAGCACAGGCCGCUGUCGAGAAGCGGCACUCAUCAACACAACCCACUGACCCCUCCCCUCCACGACUACCGCGCCAGUCCUCCGAUACUCGGGUCACCCCUCCACGGUCUUCCAGUCGUCGCCCCCCGACAACAGGUUCAAGACUGGCUGCAGAGGCAGGCUCAGCCGAACCGCGAGACUCACUCUCUUCCAACGGGUCUUGGCUCCGCCGCAUACCCUUGCGUCCUCUGUCACAGCACGGCAGCUUGCGUUCCAGCGUCGGCCCAGACUCGAGCUCGAUAGCAUUCUCGUACGCCUCAGGUGCCCCGAUAUUGGCUACCCCUAGGCACCAAGCUGUCGUUCUUCCCCCAAAUAAGCUUGUGAAGAGAGCGUCUGCUGCCAAUAGCGCGGAUCCCAUCGCUGUCGUUCAGUUAGGGUCCCGGCCUCAGCUAACACUGCGGCGGCCGGCGACAAGCCACCAACGCUCAGCUACCUUACAGCAGCAGAUCGAUGUGGAAGCGUUGUCGGCAUCGCUUAAUCAGGCCUCGCUCGACUGCCAGACCAGACCACGUGCACAGACGUUGGCCAUCUCCCAGCAGGACUGUGCUGAGGGCAUCCCAACCGAGGUUCCCUCUUGGAAGUCCUUCUGGCACGUACGCAUCGGACGCCAAGCACCAAAAGGCUCGCCCUUCCGGUCGAACGAAGGGGCCAGGGUGCACGGCACCAAGCGCGUCUGCCUCGAAGAAAACAAGCCCUCUUACGUCUACCUGGUGAAACCGAAGACAGUAAUGACGACAACUGAACAGCCUGUUCCGCUCGAGGACACGCUCCCCCAACCGGUCACAGAUGCCAGCCCAUCAGCCUCCAACAAGUCAAGUGUGUCACCGGAAGCGACGCCAUCAAGGGCUCCUCGACGCUCAACGUCGUUGAAUUUCUCUUCUCCGACAAGCUGGAUAUCCAAGACCGGCAGCAUUCGGCGACGGAAGCGUGGAGACCCCGCCCCUGGUGGAAAGAGGGCUGUGUCUGGACCAAUGGAUCAGACGACUGAGCCCGCACUCCCGAAGGAGGAAAACGUUGCUCUGGACUCAUCACCCAAGGACAGGCAGACAAGUCGAGCGGAGGCGGACCUGACUGCCAUCUUCAGACCCCCAAGAAGCCGCCAGGGCUCUGUGUCCCCAUUGCCGCCUCCUUCGCGGAGCUCCAGCCAGCGUAAUUAUCGGCCAGCUGAAUUGGCUGAAAGCCCCAUGCAAGUCGACGGCUUGGUUGCGGCAAACAACUCAGUCAUGCGCAUCGAUUCACGUACGUCCCAGUCUCGUUCACAUGAUCGCGCCUCGACAGUUGCUAGUUCUGAGUAUUACCGAGGCUUCACGUCGGGCGACGAUGACGAUACGGACAUAAAGACAGAUACGCCUUUCGACUCCUUCCGCACCAUGGCUUCAACUAGCCUCGCAAAUAAACCCAAGAGACUCUCCAUCCAAGAGAUCCUUGGCUUCCCUUAUGAGGACGGUGGUAGGAUUAUUGAGGAGGACGAGAGUGUCCCAACGCCAAUCCGUGCAAACCACACGGCGAAGCAGAAUGGGGUCCACGGAGCACUUGAUGAUCUCACUAAUGAUGACAUGGACAAAAACUUCCGAGUGUCCUUUGACGAUGAUGAUGACCUUGAAUGGGCCCAAGAAGACGAAACGCAUGUGUACACUAAUCUUUCUCCCCCGAGUUCGACGAACUCGAGACGUGCGAGCCCGAGCUUGCGGAUGGCAUUGGCGGCUAUCGAUGGAAACUCGCCACACGAAGGACCUCACGGCAAUUCGGGUGAGCGACCACGCAGCACAGUUUUCGACUGGGUGGAGCAGCAGCCCCACGAGCAGCAUUUUGGGGAGAGCCAAACCUUGCGGCCAAAGACCGCUUAUGGCAAGAAGGACCGCGAUAUCCGAGGUGGCCGUUCUGCAAGCCGGAAAGCCCCAACCGCAGCACACAUUCGCAGCCAAAGCGUACCUGUAGUGCAAGAUCAGCCGGAGGCGACAAAGCCAACACCGAGAUUCGGCACUUGGGGUCUCGGCAGCAAAAACGUUAGCGAGGACUGGGAUGCCGACUUCGAGUUCGAUGAGGCCAUCCCAGAAGAUCCUGCGGAGACGGCACAAACGAACCGAUUGUCCAUGGUCGUUCCUCCGUCGAUCCAGGCGACACAGCAUACGCUUAAAGCUCAUUCAGGGCAGAUCAGAGAACUUUCACUUUUGGUCAAUGACCUGAAGCGUCUCUGCCGGCUGGGACGAGAAAUGCAGAUGAUGAACGGUACUUCCAAGUUGCUGUGGCUGGAGGCCGAAGAUGUCAUUGCUUUGGCUUCACCCGACGAGGAUGAAGAGUCUGAAUUGGCGGACGGCCCCACAAAGGAUGAGGAGAACAACCGGCACGACCGUCAGAGUAUUAUCACAGAUGAGCGCUUCACGGCCCAGGGUUUUGAUGGCAGUUCUCUCGACGCCACUCACAAUCAGCCUAAUCACGCUGGCAGACAAGUUGGCCAUGAAGGGGCGCAUCCUACGGCGCGACGGAGAUCGGUCUUCUCUCCCGAGGACGACAUUUUUGGGACAUGGGAUCAUUUGGCCGAGCCUGACUCGCGACCCAGGACGCCAGAGAACCGAAGCUCCAUUCCCAAACCUUCGACUGCCACAAAAGCAGUGAUCGAGGCCAUGCGCGCACGGACGAAGCAGAGGGUGCCCGACGCCCAAGUUGGGGCUGACAGUGAACUCAGCUCGCGGCUCAAUUUUGAUACAAAUAGCUUGAAGGACCUUGUCAAGCGAGCAAGCGAACUUCGCGAUGCCCUGUCUGACCUGGUUCGCGCGGCGGAUUGCAUCGCACCAAGCCCAGCCCGUACACCAAGACGUAGCGACAGACCUGACGGCAGCCCGGCCUUUACCCGGGUCUUUGACGAGCCGAACCCAAGUCCCUCACGUAGACCCCCACUACCUCAUGCCAGCACGACUUCCUCCUUCAAUAGCAGCUCACUCAGCACAUCGCCCACGAGUGGACUGAGCCAGAGGCUCCACAUGAUGACCGUCGGCUAG